AUGGGCGGAGGAGGAAAGAUCCCAUACCCCAAGCACGUCUGGUCGCCCGCCGGUGGUUGGUACGCCCAACCGGCCAACUGGAAGGCCAACACGGCCGUAGUAGGCCUCGCCCUCGGCGGCAUCGUUGGCAUGGCUUGGAUGCUCAGCGCGAACCGCGAAUACCGCGACAAGAUGCCCGAACGCCACCGCUUCUUCCCCAGCCGAUACUGGAGCAAGCAAAUCAGAGAGCACGAGCGCAAGCAGGACCAGAGCUAG